CGAAUGAUGUCCCUUUAUGUUCACGCUCUGUUUCUGCUGUUAAAAUAAUCCCUGUGAAGAAAGUGAAAAGUUCUCCUGGUCUAGUGUUGCCGACAGACCUGGACCCUGCUAAAGUCUGUGCUGGUAAGGGGGCUGUGACUCUUCGGGCAUCUCUGACCUAUGAGGAAAAUCCAGGUGCCAGCCCGACUUGUCCACAGGUGGUUCAGCAGUCCGAAAGUGACUGGAGGUUAUCACCUAAUAUUGACUCCAACGGGGAUGCUCUGCCUUCAGCUCUGGCUUCUAAGGGCUAUCGGAGCGUGCGGCCAAACAUCCCGUCUGAGACCAAACCGCAGGACACCACUUGCUCCACCACCGCCCCAGCUCAGACUAAGGUUAUAGUAGUGCCACUCCACCAGGUCCACCCCGACAGAGGGCAAGAAGCCGGCUCGGGCACACCGCCACCGCCUCUGGUACCUUUUGGGCAAAGUCCAGCCUGCCCCGAAGCGUCUUCUGCCGGCUCACGCCUGACCUUCCCAACGUUAGAUGAUUUCAUUCCCCCUCACCUCCAGAAAGGCCCCCACCAUAACCAGCCGCCUGCUGCCUCUGGGACCGUGCCCCACCUGCGCCCGAAACUGCCAUCACUGUCACCGCCACCUUCACUGGUCCCUCCCGCCACCGAGGGCUCACGCCGAGUCUCGGAGCCCGAGAGCAUGGGAGUUACCGUGCGCACAGAUCCCUGCCCUGCGCUGGACGAAGCCCCCAAGCUCAGCAGCGGCACGGGAGUCGGCGGCUCCUUCGCAUCGAGCGGCAGGACCCCCUCCGCUUACCCCUCCACCACCACCGUCAAUCCCACCAUUGUUCUUCUGCAGCACAACAGAGAGCAACAAAAAAGGCUUAGUAGCCUGGCAGAGCCGGUGCCAGAGACUCUGGUGGCGGACAAAGUAAAUCACGCCCCUGUCCAAGGAAAACCCAGCCAGGAUCAUUCUCAGAGUAAGAAGCAAGCCAUGGAGGAGCUGAAGAGUUCGCAUCACGAGUUUGACUCCUCGGUGGAUGACGUGGGCAUUCCGCUGCGGAAUACAGACCGAUCAAAGGACUGGUAUAAGACUAUGUUCAAACAGAUCCACAGACUGACCAGAGACCCUCCAGAGGAAAACCCUUAUUGCCCUACCUACAAAUUCCCCGAACUUCCUGAUACCCAGCCAAAGCCUGAAGAAGAAAAUCCUUACGCUCCUACCUACCAGUUUCCUGUGUCUACUCCUAGCCCUAAAUCUGAAGAUGAAGAUUCUGAUUCCUAUUUUCCGCGUUACUCCUUUCACGAAGACACAAGAGUUCCAUCUUCGGUGCCGCGUUCCAAAAGCGAGAAUACCACCAUGGAUGCAGAGAAAGUGGUCAAGAGAUCAGCCACUCUCCCCUUGCCGGCGCGUUCCUCAUCUCUGAAAUCCAGUCCUGAGAGGAAUGACUGGGAGCCUCCGGACAAGAAGGUGGACACGCGGAAAUACCGUGCAGAGCCCAAAAGCAUCUACGAAUACCAGCCAGGACGGUCCUCCGUUCUGAACAAUGAGAAACUGACUCUGGAUAUAAGCACAGAAGAGAUAGAUUUAAAGAAUGAGCCUUGGUAUAAAUUCUUUUCGGAAUUGGAGUUUGGGAAGCCGCCUCCAAAAAAGAUUUGGGAUUAUACUCCUGGAGAUUGCUCUAUCCUUACUAGAGAGGAUAGAAAGACUGAUCUAGAAAAAGACCUCUACCUCUACCAGACUGAGUUAGAGGCAGAUAUAGAAAAGAUGGAGAAGCUUUAUAAAGUGUCCGAUAGAAAGCCGCUGAAGAGUGCAGCAGGCUCGACUCCACUGGAAACGUUUCCCGACCAUCCACCCCAAUCACCCUAUUCCCCCAGUUACCAGUCCUACAAGAGAGAGCUGGAAACGAGUCCCGGGGAUUCCGCCGGGCUGGAAAACGAAAGGCAGAUUUACAAGAGCGUCUUGGAAGGUGGAGACAUCCCCCUGCAGGGACUGUGUGGUCUCAAGCGGCCCUCCAGUUCGGCUUCCACUAAAGAUUCAGAAUCGCCCAGGCAUUUUGCACCACUCGAUUAUAUGGAGAGUCCGGAAGAAAUUCUCCGCAGGCGCCAUGACGAUAAAGAGAAACUUUUAGAGGACCAGAGACGGCUUAAGCGUGAGCAAGAAGAGGCCGAUAUUGCCGCUAGAAGGCACACGGGGGUCAUUCCUACGCACCAUCAAUUUAUCACUAAUGAGCGGUUUGGGGACCUCCUAAAUGUAGACGAUACAGCCAAGAGGAAAUCUGGGUCCGAGAUGAGAGCUGCCCGGGCGAAGUUUGACUUCAAAGCUCAGACACUAAAGGAACUCCCGUUGCAGAAAGGGGAUGUUGUUUACAUUUAUAAGCAGAUCGACCAGAACUGGUAUGAAGGAGAACACCACGGCAGGGUGGGCAUCUUCCCACAGUCCUAUAUAGAGCUACUCCCCCCCACGGAAAAAUGCCAGCCAAAGAAGACUCUGCCGGUGCAAGUCCUGGAAUAUGGAGACGCAGUUGCCAAGUUCACUUUCAACGGGGACACUCAAGUUGAAAUGUCUUUCAAAAAGGGCGAAAGAAUCACUCUGCUUCGGCGCGUAGAUGAGAACUGGUACGAAGGACGCAUCCCCGGCACCAACCGCCAAGGCAUCUUCCCCGUCACAUACGUCGAGGUGUUCAAGCGGCCUGUGGUGAAGAACGCGCUCGAUUACACCGACCUGCCGCUCACUCACUCCCCGAGCCGCAGCACGACGGCCUCCCCACAGUCUCCCAGCUCUGAGCUGCUUUUCACGCCAACUCCUCCGCCUUUGCCUUUCACCCGCCCGGCCCUGUCUCCCGAGCUGCAGGCCAUCACCUCGGAGUGGAUCUCCCUGACCCUGGGGGUGUCGCGCAGCAGCACGCCGGCCGCCACCCCCCCCUUGCCACCCCUUCCCAAUACUUCCCUGUCUCACUACGGCCUGUCGUCGCCUUCCUUCGGCCCCCACCCGUCCCACUCCUCCAGCUCCCCCAGUUCCGGGGGCGUCAUUUCCCCACCGCCUUCUUGCCCUUCCCGGCCUCCGUCGUCUGCCCACAACCUCAGCCUGAGCCCUCUGCAAAGUGAAGAGAAGUCGGUUAGCUCCCCUUCUCCCCCCGUCAGCCACAGUGGCUCCCCUUGCUCUGCGGUCGGCAGCCCCGACAGUUUCCUCUCGGAGCUCAGCGACGUCCUGGGCCAGCGAGACAAGGCCCAGAGGAGCCGAGGGGCCACUCGGAGUGUUGCCGGCGAGGACGGGAUGGCAGCCGACGGAGACGGCCAUGGUGUGCCUGGCCUCUCUCGGGCGAGGGCCCCCGGACCGGAGCAGUGUGUUAGCUGGCCAAAGAGACCCCUCCACACCUGUGAGGAGAGCAAGCUAGCUCAGCAGCAGGGAGAGGGUCCCAAGAAAAGGGCCGUGGGCCGUGACAAGCAAGGUGAAUGGAAGGAGAAUCCGAGCAGGGCCACGAAGACUGUCGAGGCAAAACCAUUCUCUCCGUGCGCUCCUCUGUCUCCCUCCGCCAUUUCCUCUUCUGCCGCCACCACCACCCAGCCGCCACCUAGACUCACACGCAGGGUCAUUGUGCCGCAGCCUUCCCAUCAUUCAUUGAGGCCAGGACCCGAGCUCACAGAGUCUGAAAAGAGCUAUGUGGAAACUGUUUGCAAUGAGAUCAUAAACAUUGCCGAAAAGUCCGUUCACUACUGCAGUGCCAUUUCUCAGCCUCUGGCCUCUGGCCUCAAGCGGCCUUUUAAUGACCAUAAAUCAUCUCUCAUCAUUUCUCAGCAACCACAAGCCCUGCCUCUGGGAGCCAGCCCCGACAGGAGUCACACCCCACAGGAUAUACUGAGCUACCAAGCGCUGUACAGCUACAUCCCUCAGAAUGACGAUGAGCUGGAAUUAAGAGACGGGGAUGUCGUAGAUGUCAUGGAGAAAUGUGACGACGGCUGGUUUGUUGGCACAUCCAGGCGCACGAGGCAGUUUGGCACUUUCCCAGGCAACUACGUGAAACUGAUGAAUAGCGAAGGACCUGAACUCUCACAGCUCAGCUGGGCCCCGCUGCCGACCCUCACGGGAGCGCGCACGGCCUUCUACUUCCCCGCCAUAGUGCACCGUUUCCUCUGCACAUCUCUAGCGCAUACCAAACCACACAGAGAUUCUUUCCGGAGUUUAAAGAACCGGCAGGUGGCAGAGAUCCUUCGUCAGGGCAGGACACUGCAUGGGAGCGCUGCGGAAGACUCACAGACACCCAAAAAAGGGAGCGGGUUUUCACAAGCACGCGUGCAAAGCAUGAAUUCACACGUGCAGCACCGAAACACUCCAAAUGACUUUCCAUUCAGUGACAGGCAGCGAGACAUCUGA